GUCAGUAGCAGCCAGAUGGAAACGUAGGCAAGUAAAUUUGGUGAGGUCAUGUAUUUUUAAGCUGCACAACGGAAUAAAUCAUCACUCAGGAUCGGUUUUAACACAUAGUGCGGGGCUCUGUGACAUUUUGGAGCUCUUACACCGGCGGAGAGAUCGAUAGUUUGAUUUGGUGACUGAGAGGACCUUUUUUGAUGCUCAGAAAGCUGCUUUUGAAGAAUUCACAAUGAACAAAAAUAAGAGAGAAAGGGAGUUUUACAGUGUUGAUGUUGGAGAUUCAACAUUCAUAGUGCUGAAGAGAUAUCAGAAUUUAAGGCCUAUUGGCUCAGGUGCACAAGGGAUUGUCUGCUCUGCCUAUGACCAGGUACUUGAAAGAAAUGUUGCCAUCAAAAAGCUAAGUCGACCAUUUCAAAAUCAGACUCAUGCCAAACGUGCAUACAGAGAGUUAGUUCUUAUGAAAUAUGUCAAUCACAAAAAUAUUAUUGGCCUAUUAAAUGUAUUUACACCACAAAAAUCUUUAGAAGAAUUCCAGGAUGUAUAUUUAGUGAUGGAGCUGAUGGAUGCAAACCUCUGCCAGGUCAUUCAGAUGGAGUUGGAUCAUGAGCGACUCUCGUAUCUGCUCUAUCAGAUGUUGUGUGGCAUCAAACAUCUUCACGCCGCUGGCAUCAUUCACAGGGAUCUGAAGCCCAGUAACAUAGUGGUGAAAUCUGACUGCACACUGAAAAUUCUGGAUUUCGGUCUGGCUCGGACAGCAGCGACGGGCCUUUUGAUGACUCCAUAUGUAGUUACACGUUACUACAGAGCACCAGAAGUGAUCCUGGGCAUGGGAUAUCAGGCUAAUGUGGAUGUGUGGUCGGUUGGCUGUAUAGUGGCCGAGAUGAUCAGGGGAAGUGUGUUGUUCCCUGGCACCGAUCAUAUUGACCAGUGGAACAAGGUAAUCGAGCAGCUAGGCACCCCGACCCAGGAGUUCAUGAUGAAGCUAAAUCAAUCAGUGAGGACAUAUGUGGAAAACAGACCUCGCUAUGCAGGGUACAGCUUUGAGAAGCUCUUCCCAGAUGUGCUCUUCCCAGCUGAUUCAGAUCACAACAAGCUCAAAGCAAGCCAAGCAAGAGAUCUUCUGUCCAAGAUGUUAGUGAUCGAUGCCUCCAAACGCAUUUCUGUAGAUGAGGCCCUAAAGCAUCCUUAUAUCAAUGUUUGGUACGAUCCCGCUGAAGUAGAAGCGCCACCUCCAAAAAUUCCAGACAAACAGCUGGAUGAGCGAGAGCACACAGUGGAAGAAUGGAAAGAGCUGAUUUAUAAAGAAGUAUAUGAUUGGGAAGAAUGGCAUAGAAAUGGAGUUAUAAGAGGCCAGCCAUCUCCUUUAGGUGCAGCAGUAGUGGACAGCCCCCCUCAGCCCGCCUCCUCCUCCUCGUCAGUCAAUGAUGUGUCAUCCAUGUCCACGGAGCCGUCUGACCCCAGCAGUGACCCCACCAUGACCUCCGAGACAGAGAGUAGUUUGGACAGUCACACUUCACUGGGUGCUCUGGCCUGUUGCAGAUAAUACUCACGUAUAGUAUCCCCCACACACAUGAACACAGAAACAAACCCUGUCUAAACAUAUGCAUGUAUUACACAUGUAUGAUGGGGCACGGUUUACGCCAAAAAUGUGUUUUUUAGUCUGUAGAGGUGCGCUGUUUAUGUACAGUUUGUCUUGAACUUUUCUCCUGCUGUAUGAUGUGGUUUUAAAAUGUAUAAUUAUGAUUGUAUUUUUGCUGCAAAGAAGAAUCACAAUAGGUUUUAAUGUGAACUUGUGACGUAUGUUUUGAAAGAGAAAAAAUGUGUAUAAAUUACAUGCUGUUUUUAAGGUACAACUGUACAGUGGCUACAUCACAGCCUGCUGUUACUGCAAUAUUCAUUUUUGAGUAUUGAUCCAAAUUACUAGGUUUGCUUUUUGUAUUAUUUUUAUGACAGUUGAAUGAAUCUAUUUUUUAUUUUUGUCAGUAAAUUAAACAAAGCACAUUUCAUGUUAAAGCCAGAUGCAAAUAGAUCGGGGCUUCUUUUUGUAGAAAGCAAGCCUCGAAAUGAUUGAAUUUGGAUUGUGUGUAUGGACAAUGGCACACACGUUUGCUACAUGCAUGUUUUAAUAGCUUGUUAAGGAGUCUUAUUGUCAGGAAGAACAGGGUGAAUGUAUGUUAAAUUGUGAUGCGCUGUGACACUAAUAUAGACCACUCCUUGAAUGACUGAACUGAAGAUUGUUAUAAAAUCUUAAUCUGAACCAGACACUUUAUGUUUUGGCAGAUUUCAUUUUUUCAACACUUGUUUUUUUUUUAUUAAUUUAAGUGUCCUUAAUCCCUUCAGUCAUUUUGUUUUGGUGCACCUUUGUUAGUUCUACCUCUCACACACACACACAAAUGAAGUUACAGUCAUUACUGUAAAUCAAGACACAACAUUGGUAUUUAUUUAUGUAUUUAUUUAUUUCAGGCUACGAGAUGUCCGUUUGUAUGUAAUGUACUAUUUAUAUGCAUUUUUGUUCUAUAGUAUCCUGUGCAAUAUAAUUUUUUUAGAAUAGUGAAUAUGUACAAAUUUACAAUAGGCUUAGAUCUACUUAUGUUUUCUGAGAACCAGGAAACAGACAUUUGCCAUAAUAUCCUUUGGCUCAGACAGUCAGCAUGCUCGUUUAGGAGCGACCCUGAUCCAAACGAUUAAUACCCAGUGGAAUUCUGGGAGUUAGAAACUUCCUUUUUGUCUCUUUCAUAUUUUAAACACAGUUCAAAAUCUGUGUUACAUGAGGAGGAAACAAGGAAGUUCCAUUAGUGUAAAUUAUGAAUGAGCCCAACACUGACAACAAAGCUAACCUGUAUUUUACCGAGGCCACCUGUGUCCCACUUACAGAUCAAUGAUGUCCCGUGCAUUAGAGAUGCAGUCUGUCACCUUUUAACUCCAACAAAUAAAUAACUACAAUUACAA